AUGAUGUCGUCUAGCCUGGCACUGGUAGUCGCUAUUAAGACUCAUCAGGAGGAAAAUCUACUAGAUAAUGUGGAACAAACAAAGACGUUGUUACACUUUAAUUUGGACCAGCGAUUGAUGAAGACAUGGGAUCAAAAUGCUAUUGAAAAAGACUGGAGGACAAUGACUGAUAUAAAUGAGAGUGUAAUGAUUGACUUGAAUGGAAGAAGAGAAGAAGAAGAAGAAGAGAAGGAAUUGAUGAAGAAGAUCAAGGACAAGAGGACGGUCGAGGUUGAAAAAAGAGAGAGACAAGAGGAUUUGAUUGAGGAUCAAAUGGUGCAAUUAAUUCAGUACAAUGAAGAAAACGAAGGCAAGAGACGACAGCAUUGUUUUAUUAAUAUAAUGAAGCCAUCGUGGCUUCUUGCGUCGAUUGAAGAACGCUGUGCUGAGAGAACGAUACGAUCAUUUAUGACACAGAGUGUGAGAAACGAACGUGAGCUAAAUCUAGUACAACAACUGGUGGACGUGAGAUUCGCACUGAUGGACUGUUGCUUUAUCUAUCAAUCAGGAGUUGAAGUGAAUUUAUUAGGUCGACCACCGUCUUCCGUGGAUACGCACUACCGGAAUGUAAUUAGUAGACUCAGGGAAAUAAAAGCAGCAAAGGAAGAUGGGAUCGAGUGCAGUUCUGUGGACAUUCAGCGGGUUACGCGUAUCUUUGAGAGUCUCAAGUCGGAUAUGUUUAUGCCAGCUGUACGAUGUCUCGGCUGGUUGUUGACUAAAAUGUGGCGUUUGCUUUUCUAUGGACUCCACGUAGACUUGGAAUCGCUUGAUCACGUACGUCGUGUGCUAGAAGUCUCUGAAGGUGAUGUCAGUGUUGUGUUUGCACCCACGCACAAGAGUCAUUUAGACUACUUGAUUAUCAGCUAUUUGUGCUUUGCUUAUGGCAUCCCGCUGCCACGCAUUGCUGCCGGUAACAACUUGGAUCUGCCGCUUGUGGGCUCCUUUUUACGUGCGAACGGUAGUUUCUUCAUCCGUCGAUCACUCCAAAACGACCGUCUCUACAAGGAGGUGCUGGAGCAGUACGUGCACGAGUUGUUGCGCGAUGGCAAUCCCGUCGAGGUGUUCAUCGAGGGUGGUCGAUCGCGACAUGGUCGCGUGUGUAAACCUCGCUUGGGUUUCAUGUCAAUGUUUCUCAAUUAUGUGAAAGGAACGCCACACGUUGCAUAUAACGACGAUGCAGUCGAGAAGAAGGAGGAAGCGAAGAAGACGAUUUUGGUUGUUCCGAUUUCGCUGGACUACGACAAGGUGUACGAGGUCGAUGGAUACGCGAAUCAGUUAUUGGGUAAACCGAAGGAGAAAGAGAGCCUUGUUGUCCUGUUCCGUUCAGUUUGGGAUCUGUUCUUCCUGAGACUAGGUCACGCAUAUGUACGUUUUGGCAAGCCGGUGUCGCUGACAAAGACUUCAACGCUUCAUGAUUCGUCCGAGCUUGUCGCCGAGCGAAUGCAAAACUCGGGCACUAUUACCUCGACUGCAAUUAUGUCAGCGUUGCUCAUGUGGAAGCGCGCGUAUGUGACUGAGAAAAUGCUGGAGACUCGCAUUGUGUGGCUCGCUGAAGAACUAGAGAAGCGCGGUGCGACUGUUGCUCAUAUGGAAAACGAGAACAUGGUUGCCCACGCUUUAUUGAUCUUGAAGGUAGACAUGAAAGCCAAUCGCGUUGUUGUUCCUCAACUGCAGCACCCGGUGCGAGCACUCGAGUUGGGAUUCUACCGGAACCACCUGCUCCAUGUCUUUCUGCCAGACAUGGCCGUGAUUGGUGCUCUAGAUGCUGCUCUACGCCAGCAUGCUAGAUGCGACGAGCCCUACUUGACUCAAUACAAAGUGGACAUCUGGGCAGUGCAACAGCAAGCAAAGAAGAUUUGGCGCUUUUUGCGCCAUAUAUGUCGCCACGAAGCCGUUGACAUCGAAGCUCGCUUGGCUCGAUUCCUUGCUGACACAUCUGCGUGUGACGUUGACGCGUCUUCAGGCACAGUGACGAUAGAUGUGAAUCGUUGGAAUGCCGCAAAACUUACGAGCUUCGUAUUGUCUCUGCACUGGUCCUUCAUGGACUCGUUGUGGCUCACGACCCAGGGCCUCUGGUGCCUUCUUUCUACCAAAGAGGGCGACGACAUUGAGCGCACAGAGUGCGAUAUGGUGCGACGCGUACAGAUUUUAGCAAAAGAAUUGUUCAUGUGCCAGGAAUUGUUCCACGCCGAAGCGCUGUGCAUGGAGAGUAUCAAGCAAUCGUUGGAUUUCUUGGUGGAAAGUGGCGUGGUGCGCUAUGAGCGGUUACACGAUGGCAAGUCACGCUUGGUACGUCUUUGUUUGAACGAUAUCGAGUCCACGCGUGUUCUCAACGAUUUCACACGCGAGAUAAACGCUUGCCGAAAACCGCGUUCGUUCCUAUGGCGUCAAGAUGAACGGCCUCGCAAUUUAACACGUGAGGAAGCACUGAAAUUCAUGGAGAACGCCCAAAGUUCUCAAAGCAUAUAUGCCAAGUGGAUGGCACCACCAAGUGGCGAUUGUCACUAA